AUCGCCCGUUUGAUCGUGUAAAACAAAAACUGAGCUGUGCCGCCAAUCAUUCGACCCUUGACCACUUACGCCUGCUUGAAAGAUUAGCCAGAUUGCCGACUGACGGGUUGUUUGGUCUUCUAGACCACCCAUCACUGCUUGAGCAGGCCAACAACGGUCGAAAUCUUCCCCCCUGCCUGAGAUCUGAACCAUGCCAUGGCCAUUUGGACCCUCUGGCUCAUCUGAGGCACCGCCGCCUCAAAAGCCCAGGGACGAUAAGGUCGAGGGCAGAGAGCCAGCAAAGUCAUGGAAUAGUUUGCUUCCCAAACCAGACCCUCCGCUCCAGGCCGCCAAGGAAUGGGCUCCCGUCUUCUUGACCGCCGUCGGCUCCCUGGCAGCCUUUAUGUUCUACCAAUCUUACUUGCGCCGCUUCGCUGGUGCUGCUAGCAUCCAAGAGAACUUUUUCCGCAAAAGAAGCCUCCUGGGUAGAGUCACGAGCGUGGGAGAUGGUGAUGGUUUCCACUUGUAUCACACACCAGGAGGGAAACUCGCAGGCUGGGGAUGGCUCCGGAAGAUCCCAGAAGGAAGAUCUAAUCUGAAGGGAGAGACUAUCUCAAUUCGUUUGGCCGGCAUCGACGCGCCCGAGGGACCUCAUUUCGGACGCCCUGGUCAACCCUUCGCUGCGGAGGCACAAGCUCAUCUCUCAAAGUACAUCCUCCAUCGGCGCGUACGGGCUCAUCUCCAUAAACGAGACCAGUACAAUCGCAUCGUGGCAACGGUAUCGACAAGACAGCCCUUUAUCAAGAAGGAUGUUGGCCUCGAAAUGUUAAAGCAAGGUCUUGCUACGACGUAUGAAGCCAAGAGCGGCGUGGAGUGGGGUGGCAAGGAGAGUAUCUACAAGGCGGCCGAAGCGAAGGCGAAAGCCAAAAAGCUCGGGCUGUGGUCGAUUAAGGCAUCGGAAUUUGAAAGCCCUCGCGAUUUCAAAAAUAGGACGCAGGGAAACGAGAAGAGUGAAAGGGAUGUAGAGGGAUCUACUGUGCAGAAGCCGUGGUGGCGGCGCUGGCUGACUGGGUGAACGCAUGCCCCCUCGACAGGUUGACUCUGGAGACUGCAUUUGACUCGCGAAGACUGAAGUAUACCCCGCCGAUCUGAGUUUCAAAGAAAUCAUACAACAAAUAUUCCCGGUAUCAAU